AUGGGUGCUCCGACGCACGAAGGGAGUGGAUUGAAUUGGAGCGUGCCGUCGUCGGGGAUGGGUUGGACGCCGAACCUGCAACAAUAUAUGAAUGGGGUGGCGUUGGCGCAAGCCGCGGCGGCGGCGGCGGCGGCGAGCGCGCCAAAGGGACACGCGACGGUAUCAGAGGCGCCGUCACCGUCCAUCAUGGGACCUUAUCCAUUGUUGAAUCUCCCGCAGCCCAUCGGUGUGCCGCAAUUUGGCCCCACUGGGUUCUUCCAGGCUCCGGGCUUCACCGGUCUACCCGCGCCUGGAUUUCCACCCGGGCUCGAGGGAAACCACGUCGUCACCAAAGAGGAAGAGACCACGAAGAAGAUACGCCGAAAAGAGUCGAAUCGGGAGAGUGCUCGAAGGAGCCGUUUACGAAAGCAAGCGGAGGCUGCUGACAUCGGUGCGCAGUUGGAGGCGCUCCGGGAGGAGAACGCAAAGCUGAAGGAGGAAAAUCAAAAGCUUCGCGAAGAGCUUGGCCGAAGAUGA